GACCUCAUGACACGUGGAAAAUAAAGUAAUAUACAUACACACAUUGAAAGUACACAUACAAAAUAGUCACUUGAAGUUGGUUUUAAUCAUUAUGAUAGAGAAAUUGAGUUUGUACGGCCUUUUAAAAGUGCGAUUUUUGCGAUCUGCUACCGACCUUCCUAUUAGUCAGUCACAUGACCUAUGACGUACACUCCGGAACGGCUCCUUGGUCAAGACACUAUCCCACCUGUCACUCACGACUAUCCUGACACCUGUCAACAACAUGGAUUCUGACAACUCCGAUUCAUCCUCGGAUCCUGACACAUUUUUCGAAGUGGCAGAGUCCGACCCAAUGCUGGAGGACAAUGUGAGGGGCGUUAUGCCCUAUAGAUACGAGCCAUACUUGGAUGAGUUGGAGCCACAGGGUUCUACGGAAAGUUCGGAUGGCGAGGCAGAAGGCGCUGUUGGUGGUGCUGCUGUGGCAGACGGUCGGAUGCCUAUGGAUUUUGGCAGACUACAGCACGUGGAAUGGUGUUCUUGUGGGAGAUGUGAGCCAAUGCCACUGGUAGUGGAGUCGGUGUGCUGCCGCGAACAGUCAAGAGUGUGCGAGAGGAGAGAGGAGGAGGGAGCAGACACCCGCUGCAUCACAGAACAUUCUGGCUUUGAGCCAGUUUGUCUGAAUCUGCAUGUUCUGCGCACCGCACAUUUCCACUAUCGGCAAGAAUACGGGGAUGUAGAGGGAAACGAGUGGAAGAGGUACACUGGAUACAGACAGUUUGUGCGAUGGUGCUACGAGUACCUGGGAAGACAUGUCAGGGUCCCCAUACCUUCCUGUGUGGUGUGGUGUAUCCGGAGAACUUUUCCCUCCAUUGAUUACAGGGGGUUCCAGGACACCAACAGCCCGUGAUGAUACAUGUAUGCUGUUAACUUGUUAAUUUUGUUUUUUUAGUUUAAAUACAUGAGUUUGUAAAUACAUGAAAAUGAAUGUCAAUACAUGAUACCUCUGGCUUCA